ACACCACUCUGCGAUCCCACCGUCGGGUCUCAGUGCGAGCGUACUCGCCAGUGGCCCUCACCCCCUCCUCCUCGCAAUGGCCGACAACACAGACAGCUUUUUCGACGAUUAUCCUGAUGUCGACCAGUCUGGGUGCCGCCUAUUAGGCCCUACGGCUUUGGUCACUCAGGGUCUCAUGGGCGUGCUGGUCAUUGCUUCCCUUAUCUACAAGAGACACAGAGAGAGCCCGAGACGGCCCUGGCGGAUCUGGCUCUUCGAUGUCUCCAAACAAAUCAUCGGACAAUUGGUCAUACACGGAGUUAAUGUUCUCAUUUCAGACACCAUUGCGCAUCUAUCGUCUGGCAAUGCGUGCGUGUUCUACUUCCUCAAUAUUCUUGUCGACACCACCAUCGGCGUCGGCAUUAUUUACUUCAUUCUGCACGUCACGACCUGGCUCCUUAGCGAGAAAUGCCACUUCAAAGGAUUCGAGUCUGGGCAGUACGGCUCACCACCCUCCUUCAAUUACUGGAUCCGCCAGGCCACCGUCUACAUCUUCUCCCUCCUCUUCAUGAAGAUGCUCGUCAUCGUCCUCUUCGCCGCAUGGCCCGGCAUCUUCAUGCUCGGCGAGUGGCUCCUCACCUUCCUCGGGCCCAGCGAUGCCGUCCAGGUCAUCUUCACGAUGGGUCUCUUCCCCAUCAUGAUGAACGUCGUCCAAUUCUGGCUCAUCGACUCCAUCGUCAAGUCCUCCCAAGCCGCCGCCGUCGCCCUCCCCACGCUCACGCCCCGCUCCUCCACCGACGGUGAGCACGAGCACGAGCCGCUCUUCCGCGCCUCCUCCGACGAUGACGACGACGACGGCGCCUUCCUCGCCCGGCACGACAUCGAGAACCCGCUGCCGCGCGCGCGCUCUGAGGACGCCGACAGGCCAGGCGUGCCCGAUGAGCCGAAAUCGCUCGGCUCGGGCACCUCCACCGCCGUCGGCUCGAGCCCGGGCACGCCCAAGCCCAAGCCAAUCGACAUCAAGCGCGACGUGGACGUGGACGCGCACGCGUACCCCCCAAGCCUCGCCGGCUCGAGCGUGGCUACGAGCUCCUCGGCCGCGUCCUCGCUGCAUGGGCGCUCCAGGUCCCCGCGGGCGAAACGAAAACACUCACCCCCGCCUGCGCUCCCGCUCAACCCGGUGUCGCCGCCUGCCCAUCGGCAGCCGACACGCCGGCAUGCCCACAGCAAUAGCAUUACACCUAAAGCUCAAGUAUCUCGGUAUGAUGACGACGAGAAAGACUGGGCGGAAUGGGGUAACGAGGGCGACGACUGGGCGGAACGGGUGGGCGAGGAGGAAUGGACUGGGAGACGUAUGGGAGCGCGGAAGGCAGAGCUAGACAACGUAUGGGCCCGACAACAUAGUGCGGCACCUUCUGUCUCGUAGCGGUAUGGAUCUACCUGAGUUUUACUUGCUGUCUGCGUACUUUGCUGUCGUCUAUUGUGUAUCAUACCCUGCCACCAUUAGUUCGUCUCACGCGGAAUGAUAGAGGAUCACCACUGC